CCCAGAGCCUGGCUGAAGAGGACAAGGGCAGGAGGCACCAUGAGUGGGGGCCCUGUGGGAGGCAGGUCUGGGGGUCGCGGAGGACCAGGGGUUCAGCAGAACAUACCCUCCACACUGCUCCAGGACCACGAGAACCAGCGACUCUUCGAGAUGCUGGGUCGGAAAUGCUGGACACUGGCCACUGCUGUUGUUCAACUGUACCUGGCAUUGCCUCCUGGAGCUGAACACUGGACCAAGGAGCAUUGUGGGGCUGUGUGCUUCGUGAAGGAUAACCCCCAGAAGUCCUACUUCAUCCGUCUUUAUGGCCUUCAGACCGGCCGUCUGCUCUGGGAACAAGAGCUGUACUCACAGCUGGUCUACUCCACUCCUACCCCCUUCUUCCACACCUUUGCUGGAGAUGCCUGCCAGGCAGGGUUGAACUUUGCAGACGAGGGCGAGGCCCAGGUCUUCCGGGCCCUGGUGCAGGAGAAGAUCCAAAAAAGGAAUCAGAGGCAAAGUGGAGACAGACGCCAGCUACCCACACCACCGGCGCCAGCCAAUGAAGAGAGAAGAGGAGGGCUCCCACCCCUGCCCCCACACCCAGGUGGAGACCAAGGGGGCCCAGCAUCUGGCCAACUGUCCCUGGGGCUAGUAACAGUGGACAUCCAGAACCCCGACAUCACGAGUUCCCGAUACCGUGGGCUCCCAGCGCCUGGGCCUGGCCCAGCUGAUAAGAAACGCUCAGGGAAGAAGAAAAUCAGCAAGGCCGAUAUUGGUGCACCAAGUGGAUUCAAACAUGUCAGCCACGUGGGGUGGGACCCCCAGAAUGGAUUUGACGUAAACAACCUGGACCCAGACCUGCGGAGUCUGUUCUCCAGGGCAGGCAUCAGUGAGGCCCAGCUCACAGAUGCUGAAACCUCCAAACUCAUCUACGAUUUCAUUGAAGACCAGGGUGGCCUGGAGGCUGUGCGGCAGGAAAUGAGGCGUCAGGAGCCUCUUCCACCUCCCCCACCGCCGUCCAGAGGAGGAAACCAGGCUCCCCGGCCCCCUACUAUGGGGAGCAACAAGGGUCGUUCUGGUCCACUGCCUCCUGUACCUUUGGGAGGUGCUCCGCCCCCACCAACUCCCCGGGCACCCCCACCCCCAGGCCGAGGGGGCCCUCCACCACCACCCCCUCCAGCCACUGGACGUUCUGGACCACCACCCCCUCCACCCCCUGGAGCUGGAGGGCCCCCUGUGCCUCCACCCCCACCCCCACCGCCCCCACCCCCCAGCUCUGGGGAUGGGCCAGUCCCUCCCCCACCUCCUGCUCUGGGGCCUGUGGGGAACCUGGCCCCUGGUGGAGGUCGGGGGGCGCUUUUGGAUCAAAUCCGCCAGGGAAUUCAGCUGAACAAGACGCCUGGGGCCCCCGAGAACUCAGCACUGCAGCCCGCGCCUCAGAGCUCAGAGGGCCUGGUGGGAGCCCUGAUGCACGUGAUGCAGAAGAGAAGCCGAGCCAUCCACUCUUCAGACGAAGGGGAGGACCAGGCCGGCGACGAGGAUGAGGACGAUGAGUGGGACGACUGAGUCAACCACCCCACCUGUUCUGAGCCUUCUCUCCUGGCAGCUGCUGCUUGGUGCCCCCACUCCUGGCCUCCAGGCCUCUCAGGCCCUGUUUGUUUCCCCGCCAACCCUUCCAAUGCAGUUAAUUCUGACUAGCAGUAGCUAGGGCCCCUUUAUAUACAGACUAUCUCGGUUCUCCUCACAUUAAGGAUUUUGAAACCAAAAUAAAAUAACUGUCUUUUUGUUUC